UUUAUUCCGGCCGCAUCAUCUACAACUACCACCCACCGACUUAGUCGGCAGACACAAGUUGAACAUUUCCUGGUCUUUCGAGAUGGUCAGAUGACCCACCACUCCCCGAUUUUCUAUCAAUUGUAUCGUAACUACCUGACCAGCAGGUGGCAAUCUUUUCAAGAUGGCUUCGACCGUAGCUACAACGGUGGCACAUCAGAUGCCGCCCAUGCCUCUUCCUGCAAUGCCACGUAUACGGCCUCCUCGCAUGCUCAAAGGAACGAAGAGCCCCAAUACAGACCCUCAACCUCCCGGUGCAGCUCCGAAAGGAAAGUGGUGGGUACAAGGAAAAUGGCGAAAUAAGGGAUCCAAUGCAGGAAAACAUGUUGAACAGACGCAAGCCCUACAAAUCGCAAAAGCAUUACGGCACGAGACGCAUGGUCUUGACAUAUACGCAUAUCGCCACGUCAGGACAAACCAGGUUGUCUACAGCCUGACCAGGACGUUACAGGAAGGGAAAAUCCUUAAACAAUUAGUUUUCCACGGCAAGAAGACUGUGCCAGCAUCCGUCCGGAUCGACACGUGGACGCCGUACUUCUCUAUACAUUUCCCACCCACUCCCGCCGGCGCACUCAGUGGGCUUUUCGCAUUCCAGAAGCUCCGGGAACUUAGCUUACAACGACAACUCUCGCCACCAGAUGAUCUGAUUCGCGUGACAGAGGAGGACAUUCAAAUCAUAAAAUCCAAGAUCGGCAGUCCAUUAGAGUUACAAGAAUUACAAGCCCACGAUCGACUCAAUGCUCAAAUACCCAAGGUCGGCGAGAUACUGCCCAAGAAGCUCCGCGGGCGGCGCCUGAUGGAUCAAAAAGCUACGAGUGUCGCCGAUGCCGCGUUCGUGCUAGACUGGAUAAGCUCCGGCUCGGGACCUCUCGAGCGACUAACAGAGGUGGCGGUCAAUCGUCUGGCCAGACACCAUGAUCGGACGAGGCGGGCAAGGAGGAGAAUAAAUCGAAUCCGUGAGAAUGAAGGAGCACAGCAGAAGAAGAUCCGAGAUAGAAUCACUCUGGCUCUCGAGCAACGUGGCCAGGGAGACAAGAGCCAUUUGCCUAUACCGUGGAAGGUGUUGUUGCAGAUGAGCAUGGAAAAUCACGGGUUAAUCGAUGGAAAUGGAUUGACUGACGUUGAGAACGUCAUGGAACUGCGCUCUGCGAUUCAGGACUGGCAAGCCUACUGUGAGCUCGACCCCAAAGACCUCGACAUGGAUCUUUGGGCAAAGAGGCAACUGAUCGGCCGCGAGGCCGAGCGGAAAGCCAUCAACGAGUGGUUCGAGGUUAAUGACAGCCCCAUGACAGAGGGUGGCUCUGUAUGGAAAGACGUGGCAGCUGCGAGAGAUUCGGCGCUUGCGGAAUUUGACGAGAAGGAGGGCGCAAGUUUGAAGGCCAAUCUCGCGGGCAAAGAGAAGCCCGCAUGGGCUGAGAACAAGACGGUCGAGAUGUUUUGGGCGGAUUUGAACGACGGACUCUUUGCCAGUUCGUGGCCAGAGAACGUGGUUCACGGUCGAUUGACACCGUUCGGCGUCGCAAAGGGUCGCGUACACGGACGGCCCAGCGUGCUCUCAAGCAGCGUGCACGUCAUCGGCAGCAACGUCGACGAUGGCUGGAUGCCCAAUGAGCUAGGUGAACCAUAUGCGCCGGCGAAGCGCUUGGUAGAAUCGGCCGAGGGAAGUGACCUGCAAGGAGACGAAACUGACGUCCCAGGUGCCCGUACACACGGCUCAGCCUUCAGAGAGGUCGAAGAGGAGUCGUUGGGCUUCUUCGGACGCCUACGUGGCAUGCUCGGGGGAAGAAGGCAACGCAUCGCCGAGUAGAAGCAGUCGUCCAUUAUGACGUUGACGACGAAGAUGGCAACCCCAAACUUUGUGCAGAGUGCCCUGGGCCCAGGAACAUGGUGGAAUGCCUACCUAGGUAAUCAGUGCCAGAUCGAGCGCUGUGGCAACACGUCUCGGUUGCCCAUGGCCGGGAAGUCCAGCCUCAUCGCCUGUAUCGUCAGAAACAACCAGGGGAUCCUUCAGCCCUCCCGUCCAACUAGACGCACAGGAUAGCAGGAAGUUUCUUGCUAGAUCAGACUGCUCCAUGUCAGACAAAGGACGAAAGAUCCCCGUUUUCAAGGUGGAGAUAUAUUGAUAUAUUUUCCUCUUCUCCAGAAAAGAUGGAGGAUUUGUGGUAUAUAUUUUGUACUACACUACUACUGUACUAUUGUAUAUUCAUCACGUCAUGACCAUAUAGAGGUUUAAUAAAAAUCAA